CCAAGUUUCCCAACCCAUCGGCACUAUUGCCUAACAAGGAAGACGUUCAUCAACACACCACAACGUUAUACACUGUAUCACCGUCUCCUACAUAUCUUCAACUUGUAUUGUAGAGUCUCACCAUGGAACUCUGCACUUCCAUUGCCAGUCAUCUGACUCUUACCAGCAAGGCUACCAUGUCUGGCAUCAUCCCCGCUCUUCCGCCAGAAGUACUCGUUCAGAUAAUUCGCGAUGCUUAUAGCUCCGAAGAUGCAAAGUCCACUAUUUUUUCUUGCUUACUGGUGAGCCGGGCGUGGUGGGACAUGGCGCUUCCAGUUCUCUACAAUGACUUGAUCCUGGCGGGGAGUGAUCAGAUGGAACGCUUUCUAACAUCCCACAACGACUCGGCCGUUCGCUCCAUCACUCGCUCUCUAACCCUCUACCUCCGGGAAGAUGGUGGACCUAGCCAGGAAUUGCAAGAGCGGGUUGACACCACAGUCUAUCGACUGGCCCAGGAAGCCAUCCCGAACAUGGCAGCACUUCAGUCCUUUUCUCUGACAACAGAUCGUCGAGACUUCAAAUUGGGCAUCCACAGGGCGACCAUUUCAGAUGUUCUCAUUGCUCUCCCCGAAAGCUGCGUCAAUUUGGAGUUGGAUACAGAAGGAAAAGACGAAGAUUCAUUUUGGCUUGCCUCUACAAGCAGAAGCCGCCUAGACGGCGUUACUCAUGUGUGUGAUGACAUACGCGAUAUGCUCCCUCGAAUGCACAAUGUCCGCAUCGACCUCAAGUCUAUGUGCAGCGACAUGGUUGGAUGGAGAACCAGAGGCCGGCCCUUCCACCCUAUCAGUCUUCCAAACAUCCGACAUCUCCUCAUCGAAACGACGGGUAUAGGUGCUAGGCCAUCGUGUCCAUCAUCCGCUCCAAGAGAUCACUCUUCUUGGCGCCAGAUCAGCCUAGCGUUGAAGCAUGUGGCAGGAUUACCAGAAACAGCUCCGGGCGAGCUCGCCGUCUUGGGAGCGGCUUGGCACAUUCCUUAUGAUGAGAGGCGAAAAGGAAUGCGAUUGAUGGAGUUCGAAAAGCGCGAGGAGGAUAUCAAACAGAGAAUGGUGGUGGAGAGGACGCCAGAAGGCUUACCCUGGAGGCCUGAUGUUGAUUCGGAAGAGGAAGAGGAAGAUGCUCGUGAUGACACUCUAUAUGGUUAUCUUAUGUAG